AUGCACAAGAGCUUAAUUAUUCUCGUCGCGUUGGCCGGCUUGUCAGCAGCGACCGCUUCGCAUAAGAAAGUAACAGUACUAAGCGUCAAAGCUUAUGCAGAAGAAUUGAAAGACGUUAAGAAGCGCAACACCUACGUAGAUCUUUUUAAGGAUAACAGGCCAGCUCCUGCGCCAGAAGAGAGUAGUAGCGCCUACAAACGCUCUGAAAGGGCCAAUUCAGGGAAGCGUAACACCUAUAUCGAUCUGUUCAAAGACGAUAGACCAGCUCCUGCGCCGGACGCUAGGUCGGAGAAGCGUAACACUUACAUCGAUCUGUUCAAAGACGAUAGGCCAGCUCCCGCGCCGGACGCUAGGUCGAAGAAGCGUAACACCUACAUCGAUCUGUUCAAGGAUGACGGACCAGCUCCCGCGCCGGACGCUAGAUCGGAGAAGCGUGAGACCUAA